AUGUCUAUGGAUAAGAGCCGAACACCAAACGAAGAAGCUUUAGACUUCGUUUCUAAGUUUAACGAAAUUUAUUUUCAAACUUUUACACACAACUUAAGUUCUUUUGUACAGGACAGUUUCCUCAAGGACUUAUUUGAAAAAAACCUCUCAGUACCUAAGGAUAAAGCCCAGUUACUGAUACAGAGGUUUGGCGAGACAGCCAACCCUGUGAACUUCACUUCACAAGCUCAAGCUACGAAUAUACAACCCACCACCCUUUCGCUAAUAUUUUCUAUAGCGCUAUAUGCUGCGUCCAAGUCUUGGGAUAAUUUUUCUACCCAAUUCUAUUGCAAUUUUGGCGAUACGGGUGAUGAUGAUGACGACGAUAACGAUGGAUCUCAGAAUACUGAUGAUUAUCUGAUGGAUGAGUCAUAUCCGCUUGAGCCCGAUGUAGAUGAACUUUUACGCCAAGGAUUUCAAAUGCCACCAAAUCCAGUACCUAUCAAGCUUCCAUCAAUGCCUGAUAUAGUAAUGUCCCCUGUUGAUCAAACUGUAAUACCCAAAAACUCCCGGAAGAAAGAUAAACAAAAGGCACGUGUUACAGAUGAUAAACAAGUCGUGAACCAAUCAAUAAAGGCAAAACCUGAUGUGAAAACAUCAGCCAAAAAUUCCCAUAAGGGAAAGAAAUCAUCUGAACUGGAGGCUACACAGAUACUGACAGGAUACAAAGCUGUCGGAGAACAACAAGAGCGAAUCCGAGACAUAAUAGUUUACGAUAUUCCGUAUACCUGGAACUUGCAGAAAAUAAUAGCAGAGUUAAAAUUUUGGAGGAACGCUAUUAAAUGUUCCGUUAAACGGCAGCAUAAGUAUCAGACUCUUCGAGUCAAAAUAGCUCUUUCCUCAUUUGCCUUUCCCCAGUUUAACAAAUAUUGGACGACAGACCAGCAUAGCGGACAUGCUCAUAUCACCUUGCCGAUCAUUUGCUGA